CUCUCCUCCCUCCCUCCCUCCGGGCGAUGGCGGCGUGACCUGCAUGAAGGGCCCGGCGCUCCAUCUCCCAGGCCCGGACCAGCAGCGCCGGCUUCUCGUUCUUCUUCUCUCCGGAGGAGAAGGAGGAGCCUCCAGUCAUGUUUCCCCAGCAGCAGCAGCAGCAACUCCAGCAACACCUGCUCCAGCUCCAGCAGCUCCUCCAGCCGCCCCCGCCGCCCCCGAGCCGAGGUGUGACUCCAUCUCCGCAACAACAGAUGCUCAAUAUGCGGGCAACCGGUCAAGCCUCACUUCUCAGCGCCAAUCCCAUGCUUCAGCGGGCCCUGCUCAUCCAACAAAUGCAAGGCAGCUUGAGAGGUUUCAAUAUGGCAGCCGCCCCAGUGUUGCAGCAGUUCUUUCCCCAGGCGACAAGGCACUCCCUUUUGGGUCCUCCUCCGGUCGGGGUCUCCUUGAAGCCCACUCGCUUGGCUUUCCCCUCUCUGCCUUUUCAGUGGCAGAACCGAACUUUCCGUAAGGACUUUCCAAGGAAUCCUGAGAGGAAGCGAGAAGCAGAUUCCUCAUCCUCUUCUACUCACGGCCAAGGAGCAGAUGAGGCAGGGCCUCAUCCGGACGUUUCUGAUCACAAAACGGACCCCAAGCAGCCUUUAGACCAGAGUUGUCCUCAGUCUUCAGAAAUUCUGGCAGAAUCCUCUCCAGAUGGCGAGCCAGCCGGCAAGCGAUUAAAAAGCAAUGGGGAAGAGUUACUUGUUGAGGAAACAGCGUGCCUUUUGCAAGCGGAGGAUCCCAACACAGAGUCCCACCUGGAAGAAGGAGACAACGUGAAAGCAGCUUUAGCUGGAGAUGCUUUAGAGGAAAAGAACUUUGUGGAGGAGCUGAAAACUUCAGAGGUGGUGAGUUCUUCUGGUUCCUUGAAAGUGACAAUUCAGCAGAGCAGCGAGAGCCGGGCGAUCAGCACCACCGCCCUGAAGCCGACCCAUUGGACCUCCGAAAUGGGCACGGCCGAGACCAGCCCUGAGUCUGCUGUGAAGUUCUACUGCUACAUCUGCAAGACUGACUGCAGCAACCAGCAGAAUUUCCAGGCCCACAUGGCCGGCGUUCAGCACCAGCAGCGGCUCCAGGACAUCCAGCAAAGCAACGUCUGCUUCGUCUCCUUGCUGCCCGUGAUGAAGGAACAAAACCCUCUGAUCAAGACGGAUGGAGACUCUCAGCAGCGGUGGUGCAACACGUGUCAGGCCCAUUUCAUAGGCGACCUGAUCAAGCAUCGGCGGACUCAGGAGCAUAAGCUCGCCAAACGCUCCCUCCGUCCCCUUUGCACGGUAUGCAGCCGCCACUUUAAGACCCCACGGAAAUUUGUGGAGCACAUGAAGUCCGUGGAGCACAAACAGAAGGCCAAAGAGGUGAGGCUGGGAGAGAAGGAACACAGCGGGCCAGAGGACUCGGAGGAGCUGAUCACCGUCGAUGCCAUCGGCUGCUUUGAAGAAGACGACGACGACGAGGAGGAAGAGGAAGGGGAAGAAACCGGCGUGGGGGAAGAGCUGGAGAACGAAGAGCUUCUCCCCAAAGAGGUUGGUGUUCAGGAGAGAAAGUCAACCGGCCUGAAGGAAAUGUCGCCGGAAGACAUUUGUGGGAAUGAGCGAUACUGUCCAAAUACCGUGUAUGGCCGGGAUUUCCUGGUCCCCGUGGCGGGCUUCCUUUGCAAGCUGUGCCACAAAUUCUACCAUCACGACUCGGCCGGCCGGUUCUCCCACUGCAAGUCCCUGAUGCAUUUUGAAAACCUCCAGAGGUACAAAGCUAUGCGUCUCCAGGCCGCCUCCCUCCUUGUGAAAGACGCCUCGCACAACCGACAAUCGGCAGCCGUUGCUAAAACGGAAGCAGCGAGUCCCAUAAAGGAAGCUACGAUCCAGGCGGAAACCUGUGUUGCUUCCAGAGCGGAGCCUGGCUUUGCUAACAUCUCCCCGGGAAGGGACGGCGAGGAUACGCACGGCAUCACCCCAACUGUUGAGGUUGCAGACGACGGAAGAAUAAGCCUCGCGGGUGCCGUCUCGACCAAGGCAGAUGCUUCCGGACAGUGCGGACUGCAAACUGAGCCCUGCGGAGAUGCUUCUCCGAAGGCCGACGAAGCCGAUGCCGGGAACGACGACGAUGACGACGACUGCCUCGAGGACCAAGACCAAGGGAACGAAAGCGAAUUGUCCUUUCCGGACGAUGAGGACGAGGACUCGGACUCUGGCAUCAGGCGCAGCGCAAGACGUCAGGCCAGAUAAGAAGAUUUUUUGCAGGUGUGCAGGUUUUUUUUUUUUUUCUCUUUGUGUAGAUUUCUCCGAGGAAGGAGACCAGCCCUUGCCUUCUACUUUUUAGAGGAAAGGGGGAAAAAAAGGAUUGUUCUAGUUUUCUUGGAGUUUUUUUGCUUUGUUAAAUUAAAUUGGGAAAAACAA